AUGAUUAGCUUUCAUGAAUUCUUUGUUUUGAUUUGUAGCAUUAUUGCUGGAUACUUCACUUACAAAUGGUAUCUUUAUCCAUUAUACUUAUCACCUCUUCGAAAACUUCCUGGGCCACCCAUUGACGUGCCUCUAAUGGGAAACUUGUUAAGAUUGCAUAGAGCGGAGUACGGCGCAAUACAGCUUCAAUGGACAGAAAAAUAUGGUGGACUACUAAAAUAUUACGGAUUUUUCAACCUUCCGCGUAUACUAGUAUCCGACCCAAAAUUAGUGCAACAUAUAUUAGUGAAUAAUGUCUACGAGUACCCGAAACCGUCGUCUCUCGUGUCAUAUUUGUUACCGAUCUUGGGAAAUGGAUUGUUGGUGGCGGAAGGUGAUGUUCAUAAGCGGCAACGAAAGUUGAUGACUCCUGUGUUUGCGUUUGCCAAUAUAAAGGAAAUGAUCCCGAUAUUUGCAAAACCAUUACAUACUUUAAAAAAACUGUGGAUCGAAUUAUUGGAAAAUAAUAAGGAUGGAAAAGAGAUACAGAUUGAUAUCAUGUCUUUCAUGUCGAAAGCCACGUUAGAUGUUAUUGGCUUAAUUGGCUUUGAUUACCAAUUAAACGCGUUAACCGGAAACGACGAAUUAACAAGCGCCUACAAAAUGGCCUUCGGCACGGAAAACAUUCCAAACAUGUUUUUCAGGAUACUAUCGAAUCAUUUCCCGAUAUUCCGGAAACUUCCUAUAAGAUCAAAUCGUGAGACUCAAAAAGCCUCGAAAAUUAUUGAUAAAGUCUCGAUGCGUCUGGUAAAAGAACGAAAAGAGGCGGCAAUCAGAGGGGAGCUGAAAGGAAACGAUCUGUUGACGUCAUUGAUCAAGGUCAAUGAGCAACAACAAAACGAGGAGGCGAAGAUGUCUGAUGUUGAAUUACAACAACAGAUUAUGACAUUCCUGGCAGCUGGUCAUGAAACUACCUCUGUCGCUGUUACAUGGGCUAUUUGGCUACUCUCGAAAAAUCGUGAUGCACAAGAUACCUUACGUAAAGAAAUCAUUGAACAUUUUCCAGACACAGAUUUCGUUCCCAAUUUUGACACAAUAAAUUCAUUAGAAUAUCUGAAUUGUGUUGUAAAGGAAACAUUGAGAAUAAUACCUCCAGUACCAGUUGCAUUACGAGUCUCUUCAAAGAACGACACACUAAACGGUUACUUCAUCCCAAAAGACACUCCAGUAUUCAUACCAAUAGUCGCCAUGCAUCGAUUAUCCUCUUUCUGGGGCCCGGACGCAGAAGAAUUCGUUCCGUCACGAUGGCUUGAUCCUAAACUCGCCGAAAAACUCUCAAAUUUCAAUUACUUGCCAUUUUUGGCUGGUUCUCGGUCAUGUAUUGGGCAAAAGAUUGCGCUUAGCGAGUUCAAAGUGUUCUUGGCGAUGCUAAUAAGGAAUUUUGAGUUUCGCGAGAUUGAAGGAUUUAAUGUGAAAAAAGAGUUGAGAAUUACGUGGAGACCGAAGCCGAAUUUGAAGUGUUGGGUUUCAAGAGUUAAAGAAUAA